AUGACAACCCUACCAAAUCAUGAACCUAUAAGCAGCGCCAUCGAUCAUGUUAGUUCUAAUUCACCUCAAGAUGAAAAGCGUAACAAGAGUGAAAGCGGUGUGAGGAUGAAGAAGAUCUGUAUACUCAAAGGUCCUCAGAAAGGUGAUAAAACCCCUUGGGGAAUCAAGUGGAGAAGCUCAAGUUGGUUCAUUACGACUGUUGUCACUCUGGGUGUCAUCACAGAUAUAUUGACCUAUACUAUCGUCGUCCCUGUCUUGCCUUACCGCCUACAAUCAUUAAGUUACACCAACAUCUCAGCAUUAACCUCGUGGUUAUUAUUUGCAUAUUCGAUCGGGAUCUUCAUCUUCACCCUUCCCGUAGCUUAUUUUUUCCACAAAUAUCCUUAUCGACGCUCUCCCCUCAUAUUUGGUGUCUUGGCACUUAUCAUAGCUGUGAUUUUGUUCAUGACCAUCAACACGUAUUGGGUUAUGGUUCUAGUCAGGUUCAUACAGGGCGCAUCGAGUACAGUUGUCUGGUCAGUGGGAUUCGCUUUAAUCUGCGAGAAUGUACCUGAAAAGAACGUGGGUCGCCAAAUCGGAUUUGCCUACUCCGGUGUAUCCAUCGGAAUGACCAUCGCUCCACCAAUCGGAGGAGCAUUGUAUCAACAUAUGGGAUGGCAUGCUCCCUUCGUAUUUUGCAUCAUCGCACUUGCCAUUGACCUAAUCCUGCGGCUCUUGGUAAUCGAGCAAAAAGACUUGCGAGAGUGGGAAGAACACAAUCAUGCUGAAACUCCCGAUCAAGUUGAAGUACCUUCAGAGCGAUUGAUGGAGAAUCCUGAUCCCAACCUAGCGAACGAAUCAAUGGAUGCACCAACGACUGAAUCGGGACAGAUACGAGAGAAAUCGGCCGAACCUAUAGUAGAGCUUUCACCUUGGAGGGUGAUACUCACCAUAGGUAGCUCGGCUAGAGGAAUGACGGGGUUCUGGGUGACUUUCGUAUACGGUUUGAUCAUUGGUAUAUAUGAGCCAUCUUUGACUCUCCGGGUUCAAGAGGUAUGGAACAAGCAAUCCGAUUUUGUUGGUCUAGUAUAUUUGGCUGCUGCUGCACCGACGUUCAUCACCGGGCCAAUCAUUGGUGCUCUAGCCGACAAAUAUGGAUCGGAAUUUAUAAUGUUACCUUGUCUCGCAUUUGCUUUGCCCUGGUUACCGCUUAUGAUAUUGAAGAAGAGUUUGGCCGGUUUUAUAGUCCUCUUUGCGCUUGCAGAGGUCGCUUUGCAAUGCGCUUCCGGUCCUGCUGGGUUGGAAGUCACUAUAGUCGCUAGGCAAACCCCCGGUAUUAGUGAGAUACAUCAAUUCGCCGCUAUGAACGUUGCCUUUGCAAUCUCAACUUCGAUAGGUGCAGUAGUCGGGGGACAGAUGUACGAUCACCUCCCAAGUGGAUGGGCAGCGAUAUGCUGGUUCGCAUUGGGAAUUACAGCUAUAUCGUUACCAUUACCAUUCUUCUUUUCCGGUAAUAAGACUCUAUAUAGACGUUUGGUAGAUCGCGGCAAGAAAGGAGAUAGUGGUCAAAGUCAGUCUGAUGGGCCAAGUGUAUAA